UUAUUAUUUUUUUUUAAAAAAAAAAUCCUUCCUUGCUAUUAUCAGCUCCCUUCUCUGGCUCACAACGCACGCACAGGGACACAAGCUCCAGAUUCUCCCACUGCAGUCAACUUCCAGCGAACCAGGAAACCCUAAUCCCCAACCCUAAUGGAGUCCAUUGGCGUACUCAUGCUGUGCCCAAUGAACCCCUACCUCGAGCAAGAGCUCCAGAGGCGCUUCAACCUCUUCAGGCUCUGGACCGUCCCGCAGAAGUCCCAGUUCUUCAAGGACCACUCCGCCUCCAUCCGAGCCGUCGUCGGAAACUCUGCCGCCGGCGCCGACGCCGAGCUCAUCAACACGCUGCCUGGGCUCGAGAUCGUCUCGAGCUUCAGCGUCGGGGUGGACAAGAUCGACCUGGACAAGUGCAAGGAGAAGGGGAUUAGGGUUACUUACACGCCGGACGUGCUGACCGAGGACGUGGCGGACCUCGCGAUCGGGCUCAGCCUGGCCGUGCUGAGGAGGCUGUGUGAGUGCGAUCGGUACGUUAGGAGUGGGAAGUGGAAGAAGGGGGACUUUAGGUUGACUACCAAGUUCACUGGAAAAACAGUUGGUAUUAUCGGUUUGGGAAGGAUUGGUAUGGCAGUUGCGAAGAGAGCUGAAGCAUUUAACUGCCCAAUCUGUUACUACUCUAGAAGAGAAAAACCAGACACAAAAUACACGUACUAUCCAAGUGUUGUUGAGUUAGCUGGCAACUGUCAAAUUCUGGUUGUUGCAUGCCCACUAACUGAAGAAACUCGCCACAUCAUCAAUCGUGAAGUCAUUGAUGCAUUGGGUCCAAAGGGUGUUCUCAUCAACAUUGGAAGAGGCCCCCAUGUCGACGAACCAGAGCUGGUAUCUGCACUGGUUGAAGGCCGGUUAGGUGGUGCUGGUCUGGAUGUAUAUGAGAAUGAGCCUCAAGUACCUGAGGAACUGUUUGGGCUUGAAAACGUAGUCCUCUUGCCUCAUGUAGGAAGUGGCACAAUGGAAACUCGAAAGGCCAUGGCUGACCUAGUGAUUGGAAACCUGGAGGCUCACUUUUUGAACAAGCCUCUGCUAACCCCCUUGACCCUAAUGGAGUCCAUUGGCGUACUCAUGCUGUGCCCAAUGAACCCCUACCUCGAGCAAGAGCUCCAGAGGCGCUUCAACCUCUUCAGGCUCUGGACCGUCCCGCAGAAGUCCCAGUUCUUCAAGGACCACUCCGCCUCCAUCCGAGCCGUCGUCGGAAACUCUGCCGCCGGCGCCGACGCCGAGCUCAUCAACACGCUGCCUGGGCUCGAGAUCGUCUCGAGCUUCAGCGUUGGGGUGGACAAGAUCGACCUGGACAAGUGCAAGGAGAAGGGGAUUAGGGUCACGAACACGCCGGACGUGCUGACCGAGGACGUGGCGGACCUCGUGAUCGGGCUCAUCCUGGCCGUGCUGAGGAGGCUGUGUGAGUGCGAUCGGUACGUUAGGAGUGGGAAGUGGAAGAAGGGGGGCUUUAGGUUGACUACCAAGUUCACUGGAAAAACAGUUGGUAUUAUCGGUUUGGGAAGGAUUGGUAUGGCAGUUGCGAAGAGAGCUGAAGCAUUUAACUGCCCAAUCUGUUACUACUCUAGAAGAGAAAAACCAGACACAAAAUACACGUACUAUCCAAGUGUUGUUGAGUUAGCUGGCAACUGUCAAAUUCUGGUUGUUGCAUGCCCACUAACUGAAGAAACUCGCCACAUCAUCAAUCGUGAAGUCAUUGAUGCAUUGGGUCCAAAGGGUGUUCUCAUCAACAUUGGAAGAGGCCCCCAUGUCGACGAACCAGAGCUGGUAUCUGCACUGGUUGAAGGCCGGUUAGGUGGUGCUGGUCUGGAUGUAUAUGAGAAUGAGCCUCAAGUACCUGAGGAACUGUUUGGGCUUGAAAACGUAGUCCUCUUGCCUCAUGUAGGAAGUGGCACAAUGGAAACUCGAAAGGCCAUGGCUGACCUUGUGAUUGGAAACCUGGAGGCUCACUUUUUGAACAAGCCUCUGCUAACCCCCUUGGUUUAAUUUGAAUAAGGGAUGUGGGAUAUUUUAUGAUUGGAUGUUUGAAUAAGGGAUGUGGGAUAUUUUAUGAUUGGAUGAAACAUAUGUUUUCUUCCAUUAUGGAAUUCAUUGUUUCCAGAAGCUGUCAAAUGUAUGUAGAUGCAAGGUAAACCUUAUUGAUGUAUCUGUAUUCAUUGUUUCCAGAACUUGUCAUGUGUAUCUUGAUGCAAGGAAAACCUUAUAAAUGUCGAAAUGAGGGUUUUAUCUUUCAA